AUGGCCAACACCCUGCUCGCCGCCGGCGCCUCCCCCGCCAUGGCCCACUCCAUCGGCGAGGUGGAAGACUUUGUGGCCCUCGCCUCUGCCGUGCUCAUCAACGUGGGCACCCUCAGUGAAGGCUGGGUGGGCGGCAUGAAGCUGGCGGCGGCCCGCGCCGGCCGGCUGGGCAAGCCAUGGGUGCUGGACCCCGUGGGGUGCGGCGCCACGCCCUACCGAUCCAAGGUCUGUGCCGAACUGAUGCUGCUAAAGCCUGCGGUGGUGCGCGGCAACGCCUCUGAAAUCCUGGCCCUGGCCGGCGCCGCCGGCGCCGCCGUCAAGGGCGUCGACAGCACCGCGGCAGCCGCAGGCGAGUGCGAGCGGGCGCACGCGCUGGGCGCGGCCAAGCAGCUGGCGGCGCGGCACGGCUGCGUGGUGGCUGUGUCAGGGGCGGAGGACUUGGUGACAGACGGCAGCAGGGUGGUGCGGGUGGCCAACGGCGUGCCGCUGCUGCAGCAGGUCACCGCCACAGGGCUGGCGGCGCAGCUGGCUGUGGAGGAUGGGGCGGUGGGGCCCGGCAGCCUGCGGGUGGGGCUGCUGGACAGCCUGUGGACCAUGACAGAACAGCAGCUCCGGGAGGGGGCGCGUGUGCUGGAGUGA